AUGGCUUCUUGGCUGGUCGAGGAUAUUAGUUCAGACGAAGGAGACGAUCUCUCGGAUUAUGAACCGGAAGAUUCGUACGACAGUGCUGACAGCGAUGCUGAAUUUUUGAACGAAGAAGAGAGAUCAGAAAUGCAAGUGGAUGACAACGUUGCUCUGAUGUCGAAAGACAAAACAAUUCGAUACUCUCUGGAGCCGCCACCAACUGCAAGACCACCAGCCAGUCGAGUAGGUGUCAUUGCAAAUGAAGGCCCAAUGACAUACGCAAGUGCCCGUGUGACUGAUCUGUUAGCAUCUUUCUUGAUGUUCAUUGAGCCUAUCGAAAAGAUUGUGGUUGAUAUGACCAACUUGUAUGGAUUUCGCCGAUAUAAGGAUGAAUGGCAGAACGUUGACAUUUGCACGAUGAGAGCAUAUUAUGGACUUCUUCUGUUAGCCGGUGUAUACCGUUCGCGAGGCGAAGAUAUAACUGAACUUUGGGAUGAUCACAAAGGUCGGCCGAUUUUUCGAGCCACAAUGUCAUUGGAAUUAUUCAAACGGAUCAAUCAAUGCAUUCGAUUCGAUAACAAAGAGGAACGUAUGCAAACAAAUGAACGCUACAAAUUGGAACCGAUUCGAAACGUAUUUGAAAAGUGGGUUCAACGGGUGCGCGAUUUAUAUGUACCUGGGAAAUUUGUAACUUUUGACGAACAGUUGCUGCCAUAUCGUGGAAGAUGUCCAUUUAUCCAGUACAUUCCAAACAAACCGGCUAAGUAUGGCAUCAAAAUCUGGGUUUUAUGUGAUUCAAAAACGUACUAUGCGUACAAUUUGAAAGUUUAUGUCGGUCGUAAUCGAAACUCAGCACCUGAAGUGAAUCAAGCUGAAAAUGUGGUGAUGAGGCUGGCUGAAGGCUUGAAUGGACGGAACUUGACUGCCGAUAAUUGGUUCAUUACUUAUUCGUUGGCCAAACGAUUGAAAGGGCAGGUGAUUGAUGAAAGUGAUAAGAAAAAGCCGGAAAUUAUCAAGUUUUAUAAUGCAACAAAGGGAGCGGUGGAUACACUCGACGAAAUGGUCGGUACUUAUCGGUGCAAGAGAAGAGUAUUGCGAUGGCCGUUGGCUCUUUUUGAAAAUAUGCUUGACAUUUCGGCUUGCAAUGCAUUGGCCAUAUUUCUGGCGAAUAAUUCAUAUUGGCAACACGCUGAAAAGAAGGCUCGCCGUCGCUUUUCCCUCAUCGAAGUUGGUGAAGCACUUGUAACGCCAUUCAUAUCCGAACGUGAACAUAUGCCGCAAGGAAAACGAGCUCAAAAUGUCGUUUGUGAUAUACAAGGUGUGGCACGUGAACCAUCACCAGCGCUAUCAAAAUCAUCAGGUGGAUCGGCAAGAGCAUCUCCUGUGCCGUGGCUGAGCAAUUUGAGACACACCGAAGCAGCGAAAAAGAGAGCUCGAUGGAUGCCACAUUUGCCCCUAUGCUACGAAUGCAAAU